GAAACCCUAGAUCCGCCACUGUUUCUGCCAACAUGAAAGUUUAGAUUUUUGGGAGGUUUGGUUGCUUUAGUUGGUUUCUGAACUCCCAGACACGCAGACGGUUCUUUGACUUCGAGAUACGUUCAUUCUCUAUAUAUUUUUGAAUUAAGUCAGGGUGGUUUUAAGUGCAUAACUGAAUCUUAAGUGUAUCAUUACUAAUUAGAUGAAAUGCAAUCAACUAAUAAGAAAUAUCUUCCGGAAAAUCCCCGGAAAUAUAACAAUUUUAUUGCAACGGCCUUUUUCUGGUACACUAUACCCACUUUUAUGAAAGGACGAAAGGAUACAUUAGGUGCAAAUGAUUUAUACAAGGUCCUAAAAGAGCACAAGUCUGAUUCCUUGGGAAACCAAUUAGGUAUCCUAUGGGACCAAGAUAUGAAAACUUCUAAGGGUAAGCCCAGCCUUAUAAGGGUUCUUCUGCGAAAGCAUGGCUGGUACUUCGGGCUUCUCGGGCUCGUGUUGGUUUUCUUGGAGAUUGUGCUCCGAGGACUGAAUCCGCUUCUUCUGCGAGGCCUUAUAAAUCAAUACAACCAAGAUACGGGUUCUGAAACGAAUGGAAGUGUUUACGCAGGCACACUAAUCCUGUCCAGCAUUUUAGGAUCGAUCAUUAUGCAUCCAUACCUGCUCGCAAUGUCACAUAUGGGUUUCAAGAUUCGCGUGGGCUUGAGCAGUUUGGUUUAUCGAAAGGCUCUGCGGCUAAGCAAAGCAUCGUUAAGUCACACCACGUCAGGACAUGUGGUUAAUCUGAUAUCCAACGAUUUGGGACAAUUUGACAGCAUACCUUAUCAUGGUCACUACCUGUUGGUGGGUCCUUUGCAAACGAUUCUAAUAACUUAUGUGAUGUACCAUGAGAUUGGAUUUCCUGCCGUACUUGGAGUCGCUUUUAUGCUGCUCUUCAUUCCAAUUAAUCUAUACGUAGGAAAAGUAUCGGCACGGCUGAGGGUAAAGUCGGUCCAGUGCACCGACGAUCGAGUGCGUUUGAUGAGCGAGAUCAUCACGGGCAUCCAGGCGAUUAAAAUGUACGCCUGGGAGCUUCCGUUUGAGCGAAUUGUGUCCUACAUCCGGAAAAAGGAAAUAAAUGUCAACAGAAGUAGGAAUUACAUUACAGGGAUCAUCUACUCCUUGUCGGUCUUUGUCGCACCUGUCUCAACAUUUCUCAGCUUAGCGGGAUACGCUAUGUUGACCCAGAUGCUUAAAUCAGAAGUUGCCUUCUUAAUCCUCGCUUAUUACAACAUCCUGCGCAUGUCGAUGUCUAUUUACUUCGCCGUGGGCAUUACUGAGACGGCGGAUUUCUGGGUUUCCCUAAAACGAGUCCAGGCCUUCUUGCAAUUGGAAGAGAUGGAUCAAAUAACUACUGUGGAAGACCCAGAAGAGGAUAAGGUUGAGGGCGAGGAAACGACACUACUUUCAUCCACUCCUCACACUAAGCUCGUACCUCGUCCAUUGGGGGCUGAGCUUUAUGUUUAUGGAUUAACAGCAAAAUGGGACCCCAAAUCUCCAGAAUGCACUCUGAAUGAAUUAAGCUUGCAGAUAAAAUCGGGCACCUUACUGGCGGUUGUUGGUCUCACAGGUUCGGGUAAGUCCAGUUUGCUCCAAGCUAUACUCGGGGAAUUGCCCGUCUUGUCGGGUGAAAUCAAGAAGAGAGGAUCCAUAUCGUAUGCUGCCCAGGAACCGUGGCUCUUCUCCGGAACUGUGCGCCAAAACAUCCUCUUUGGACAGCCCAUGGACCACCAAAUGUAUAGGAAAGUGGUGAAGGAUUGUGCUUUAGAGCGUGACUUCGACCUGCUUCCAUUUAAGGACCAAACUAUUGUGGGCGAUCGAGGAGCUUCCCUUUCGGGAGGGCAGAAGGCGAGGAUCAGUUUGGCCAGGGCCGUGUAUCGGGAGGCUUCCAUCUACCUCUUGGACGAUCCACUCAGUGCGGUAGAUCCCCACGUAGCCCGCCACAUUUUCGAGAAGUGCAUCCGUGGAUAUCUGCGUGAUCGUAUCGUCAUCCUGGUCACACAUCAAUUGCAGUUUAUUCAGCAAUGCGAUGAGGUCAUGGUGUUGGACAAGGGCCAAGCGGUGGCUGCGGGGUCUUUUGAAUCGCUACGUGAUUCGGGAGUCGACUUUGCAAUACUCCUGAAACAAACAGAGAACGAUGGAACGGAAAAGAAAUCAGAGGAGGUGCCAGAGGGACCUUCGCCAUUGGAGAUGCAAAGGAACCAGAGUGAGACGUCUUUAAAGUCGUUGGGGGAUCUCAAUUCGGAUGAAAAGAGCAAUAAGCAAGAAAAGGGACAGGAGUACCAAGCCUCUGGCAAGGUCGGACUGGACGUGUACCUAAAAUACAUGAGGGCUGGCGGAGGCGUGACUGCUUUUUCGCUGAUGCUUAUAGCCUGGGCCAUCUUCCAAGGACUUUCUUCGAUGAUUGACUUAUUCCUGACCUACUGGGUCAAUCACAACAAAGGCGAAAAUAGUAUGGAGGCUUCCGAAGGAAAAGAGUAUCAGACGCUCAUUUGGCUGCAGGACAUGGGCUGGUCGCUGGAACCCAAAAAUUUUGAAAUCUUGGUGUAUUUCUUGAUAGUAGUUCUAACCAAUGUGGCUUAUAUUAUGGCUAUUAUGAUGCUGUUUAAGUGCACUAUAGCGGCCUCUGUUAGGAUGCAUAAUUCCAUGUACAGAGGAAUUUCCCGAGCUUCCAUGUAUUUUUUCAACACAAAUCCUUCUGGCCAGAUUCUGAAUCGAUUUUCUAAGGACUUAGUACAGAUAGGGGAGGUCCUGCCGAAGGCCGUGCUCGAUCUGUUGGAGAGUUUCUUCGCCCUAAUGGGAGUGGCUACUAUAAUAGCCGUAGUAAAUCCUAUACUCCUAAUUCCGACCAUCGUCCUAGCCUUCCUCUUCUAUCAGCUGCGCGUUUUUUAUUUGAAAACCUCACGGGAUUUGAAACGGAUUGAGGCCAUAGCUCGAUCACCUGUCUACUCACAUGUCACGGCAUCCCUCUCCGGCUUGUCCACUAUUCGGGCCUUUGAGUCUAGGCACCUCCUGGAACAGGAGUUCGAUAGUUAUCAGGACAUGCACAGCUCAGCCCAUUUCAUGCUAUUAAGCUGCUCACGUGCUUUCGCUAAUUGGCUGGAUUUCUCUUGUGGAAUUUACACUGCCAUUGUAACGAUCAGCUUCUCCUUUUUUCCACCAGAAAAUGGAGCUCUGGUGGGACUGGCCAUAACUCAGGCCAUGCGCUUAGUAGAUUAUGUGCAGUGGGGAUUGCGUCAAUCCGCCGAAGUGGAGAACAUUAUGACUGCAGUGGAGCGAGUGGUGGAGUAUGAGGAAAUUGAGCCGGAGGGUGACCUUGAGGCACCGGAUGAAAAGAAGCCUCCAAAGUCUUGGCCAGAGGAAGGAAACAUUGUCUUUGACGAGCUAAGUCUGCGCUACGUGCCGGACCCCAAGGCGGACAAUGUCCUUAAGGCCCUCAGCUUUGAGAUCAAACCUCAGGAGAAGGUGGGCAUCGUGGGUCGCACCGGGGCAGGAAAGUCAUCACUAAUCAACGCCUUGUUCCGCUUGUCUUACAACGACGGAAUCAUCCUCAUCGACAAGAGAGACACCGACGGAAUGGGCCUGCAUGAUCUGCGUAGGAAGAUCUCCAUAAUACCGCAAGAGCCGGUUCUCUUCUCUGGUAGUAUUCGAUACAAUUUGGAUCCCUUUGAGGAGUACAGCGAUGAGAAACUGUGGCGAUCCCUAGAGGAGGUAAACCUUAAGGAAUUUGUUGCAGAACUGCCAUGCGGGCUGCAGAGCAAGAUCACGGAGGGCGGCACCAAUUUCAGUGUGGGUCAGCGUCAGUUGGUCUGCCUGGCCAGGGCCAUUCUUCGGGAAAACCGUAUUCUGGUAAUGGACGAGGCUACGGCCAAUGUAGAUCCCCAUACGGAUGGCCUCAUACAGGCCACCAUUCGGAACAAGUUUAAGAAGUGCACAGUGCUCACGAUAGCCCAUCGCCUGCACACUAUCAUGGACUCUGACAAGGUGCUGGUCAUGGACGCAGGUCGGGUGCUGGAGUUCGGCACACCCUACGAGCUGCUGACGGCGGCAGACUCCAAGGUGUUCCAUGACAUGGUGAAGCAGACGGGGCAGGCUACCUACGACACAUUGCUUGAGAUCGCACGAGCAACUCACUCGAACUAGUGUUUUUUUUUAGAAAAAAGUAUUUAUUUUUAUUUGGAAAAAGGAGGCUACAUAUACAUUUGAUAAAACCUAUAGACUCUAUAGUAUAGAGUUUAUUGUAGAAAAUAAGCAAACACUGUUGUAGCUGUUGAUAUAAAAAAAAUUAAAAGCCUUAAAUACGAUAUAAUGUUA